AGCGGCGGGUCCCGGUGGCGGGGCCAUGCGGGCGGCCCCGGGCUCCGCUCCCCCCGCGCUGCCGGGGGGCACCCGGGGCAGCCGGAGGCUCCGCCGCGCCCGGGCCUCCUUCGUGGACGAGUCGCUGUUCGGCAGCCCCGGGGGGGCCCGCCCGCCGCCUCCCGCCUUCCCGCCUCCCUGGGCCGUGGCUCCCGCGGGCUGCGGCCCCCGGCCCGGCAGCAAGAGCAGGAUGACGAGUCCCGCUCCCUCCUUCUGCGACGAGUCGCUGUUCGGUGCCGCGGGUCCCGCCCGGGGCGGGAAGGAGGAUGUCAGCAAACUGCAGCCGCUGCUCUGGAGCCCCCCGCCCGCCCCCCGGGACCGGCCCAGCGGGACCCCCCGCGGAGCAGCGGAGCCGGGCCGGGAGGGCACGUCCUGCGGCGGGCAGCGGUCCCGGAGCCAGGGGGGAUCCCGAGGUCGGGGAUCUCCGGGCAGGGGACCUUCCCAGCCCCUCAGCAGGGUGAGCACCCCCUCCGAGGGGCUCUGCCUGGCUUCGGAGAGGUGUCAGGCCCGGAGCCCCGCAGCCCCCCGGGGCCCUGCGAGGAGGGACAGGUUGAAAAGUGUGUCUGGAGCCCCCCCGGGCAGGAGCCCCCAGGCCGUGGGUGGCUGCAACCCCAGACCUCCCUGGAAGUGAAGCCACGUGUCCCUCUGGAUGGAACAACCUACCUGAGACCUCCUGGUGACCAAGUCCCU